UAGUGACGCAGCUUUUUUUUCUUUGCUUGUUUCCCAUAUUGAGUUUUCAAAUUUUUGUUGAUGUUAGCGACAGGGCAACUGACAGUCGAUAAAGCGGAGCAAAUUUGCAAGUGGUAUUUCCGCAUUGGAUUCUGUUGCAUGCCAUGGAUGUGGGUUGCGUUGUGGUUUUUUUUUUCACAUCAUCAAUCACACAGCGACACCAUCGCUUGGUACGUUAGUAUGUCAUUUAGGCUCUUCAUCGGAAGCGGUAUUUUUUAUGUUUGCUUCUACAUCAGCUUGUUGCUGCUUGUCCCUGCUACAAGUAAAAUUUGGAUUAUUCCUCCGUUCACAGGCGAGUGGCAGCCUGGCUAUUUCGCGGCACCUUUGGAAUGA